CCGCUCCUGAGCUUGUAUUUUGAACAUAAAUACGACCAGCUUCAGUCUCUUCUUCUCAGAAACUAGGGGCUGUCAGAGAGGGGUGCGCUGUGUUGCAGCUCUCUGACACAAGCAACAACUAUGUGGCUUUAGCAUAUUAGCAGGACCAACUCAAAUUUUAACUUCACACGGAUCUCCGACUCACUUUGGAUCGUAUGUUUGGAAAUGUUUUCUUAAAUUGUUGCUAGCUGACUGGUUAGCUUCCGGGUUAGCUUGAAGUUUGGACCGUCUUGCUAUUUUGUCACUUUCCGACCCUAAAUUCUAACUUAAUCUACCACAGAGCAAUACCGUUUGCAGGAUUUAUACAAAUUAAGCAGCUAAAGAUGGAUUCGCUUAAUGUUUUUGGCUGCACCAGUCCUGUUAACACAAUUUUCAAAAGCAGGCCCGAGGGUAUCCCUGGGCUUUCCUCGCUCACUCUGCCCGAGCUGAGCACAAAGGACAUGCACUGCAGGAAUCUGUUUUCCCCUGGACCCGCCACUGUGAUGUCUCCUGUCACCAAUUUGGCUCUGGACAUGAACAGUUUUGGACUCGGAAGCCAAUUUGAUACACCGAAAAGGAGAAAACAUCCACCCCUUGAGAAGGUUUCCUCCUUCGCGUCUGACGUCUCAUCUGAUGCUGGCCUCGGUAUGGACCCCCCCAGCCCUAUGGAUGCUGUUGAAAUGGAGGACACAUUUGAAAAGGCCAUUCAACAGUCGAGCAGAGUUGUCAACGAGAGGAUGCCAAUUCGAAGAAACAACUCUUUGCCACUCCAGCUCCAGGGUUUCAGUCCAUCUCUGAAGGGACAGGAAACGGAUUCCCACCGCUAUGGAAUAUUCGGACAACAACCCUCACAAAUCCAAAUGGCCGCCAACAAGGAGAACAUGCCGGAGGAGGGCUUUGAGUUCAAGAAACCCACCAAGCCGGCGUCACGGUGCCGUGUGCGCUCCUCUUCCGAUGCGUUAUCCCGCCGGCCCAGCUCAGCGCCGGCCCUCAUGUUUUCUUCACCCAAUCCCAUCCAGCAGCUGGACUUUCAGGACUCCAGCCCCAUGUUCCUGAGACGUCCCUCUCUUGACGACGAGGACGACGGCUUCCUGGACGUAAUGGACGACCACAUGGAGAACGACUCUGGGAUGCCGAUGGGUAUGGCCAGCUUGCUCACCGCCCCGCUGGUGGCCGACAGCACAGGAGAAGACUCGCCCGUGAUUCGCUGCCGGCCACGGAGCCUCUUUCGUUCCCCCUCCAUGCCCAGUCCUGUCUCGUCCCGUUGCUCUAUGAAGCGCCCCGACUGCCCCCGAGACGAAAACACGCCGAUCAGGGUGAAGAGGCGACGCAGCCUGGCAGGCAUACAGGUCACCCCCAUGGAACAAAACCCGGAAUCCCCAAGAACGAGCUGCUCUCUGCUCCAGAGGUCCAAGUCCUUCUGCCAGACAGACAUCGAGAAGCUGCUGGAUGGCCAGGUCGGUGCCAAUGAACUCAUUGGCGACUUCACCAAGCCUUUUGUACUACCCACAGUGGAAGGCAAACAUCAAGACCUCAAGUACAUCACCGCAGACACGAUGGUGGCGUCUCUGGCCGGCAAAUUUAACCAUCUGGUGGAGCAGGUCAUCGUCAUGGACUGCCGCUACCCCUACGAGUUUGAGGGAGGACAUAUAAAGGGAGCUCUGAACCUGCACCAGGAGGACCAGGUGGAGGACUUCCUCCUCAAAACGCCCAUCGUCCCGUCCUGCCCGGACAAACGCGUCGUCAUCAUCUUCCACUGCGAGUUCUCGUCGGAGCGCGGCCCGCGAAUGUGCCGCUUCGUCAGGGAGCGAGACCGCGCCGCCAACGAGUAUCCCAACCUCCACUACCCCGAGCUCUACAUCCUCAAGGGCGGAUACAAAGACUUCUUCCCUCAUUUCCAGGCCCAAUGUGAACCUCAGUCCUACCGGCCCAUGCACCACGAGGACUUCAAGGAGGACCUGAGGAAGUUCCGCCUCAAGAGUCGCACCUGGGCCGGGGAGCGCAGCAAGAGAGACCUGUACAGCCGACUGAAGAAGCUGUGAGCGCCUCCUCGUCCUCCCAAACUGCCUCUAACAACACACUGCCUCCCCCUGUACAGACUCGGUACAGACUCCUCUCAGAGCCCGAGGCCUCGCCCCACCAACCAGGAAAUACCUUUUGGGACUGUGCCAACAGAAGGGGAUUUUAAGAAGUCCCUAAAAGUUUUCAUGUAACUAUAGCAAAGUUAGUUAUUUAUGCAAAUUCAAAUAGGGGAAAGACUUGACAUGAUGAACGCUUGAUCUGAAGCGCUCGCUGAGGUGCAGUGAAUAUAUAUUUUAUUAAGAAGCAAUGUGAUCGUUUUUUAAAUAACCACUUGGACCUACUGCCUGUUUUACCUUUUUUAUUCCGCUGGCAUUUGCAGCACAAAUCCCUGCCAGAUUGCAAUAAUACAAACCAAACCACACUGCCACAUCCCAAGUCUGUCUUUCAGUCUCCUCACUGGAUAUGUCUUAUUUUGAUUACGUCAUGUCCCACCUUAUUGAAGCACUUAAUUUAAUACCUUGAAAUGGUGAGGUGCUUUUUUUAAAAAAAAUUUUUUAUAUCCUUUUGUUUUAUGAAUUGUGUUAACCCCCAUUUAGUUACUGAUUUGAAAGUAUGCCUUUCUCUAGGCAUCCCAAAAUGCAUAUAGGGUAUUUGAAUGACUUGUGAAAUAAAUGCAGAGCUUUUUUUUCCUCUCCUUCCUGAUCGGUUGCAAUACAUUUCCUGAUCAGAAGAUGCCAGAGCAAACAAACUACCUGUUACCUUUGCAGUGAGAUUGUUCUGAUGCUGCAGGUCAGCAAGGGUGAGGAGUUUUGAUCUAAAACCUCUUUGUUUAGCUUUUAUUUUUUUUUAAUUUUCCGAGUUAAAUUGUCUUCCCCUCCGCAGAGCUGAUGGUGUCGGUUUAUAAUGAAUGGGGUGGUUUGAAUAUUUUGGUACAGGCUUGUGGGGGAGCUGCUGAAAUAAAGAGCCAAUGUGUGUGUUGAAA